AUGCCUGAAGCAGCGCCGGGCUAUGGUGGCCAUGGUGGCUUGGAUGCGGACGCUUGGAGGCCCAUGCGCAAGGUUUACCUCCUGUCAGGCACGGCCCUCGAGGUGAGGGGAUGUUCCGAGCUACGGGCUUUCAAGCUGGCUUUGUCCAAAGAGCUUCGGCAUCCUGCUUUCCUGAUCACGGUCUUGUGCGAUGGGGUGGCCAUAACCUGCGACGAUGAGUGGCAGAAGGUGGACAGCUCCAAUCACCUCGUCGCGGUGCAAUCAUGCCCAUUCAUGGACUUUGUUGCCGACUUCGACCAGGAUCUGAUAGAGGCGACGACAGCCGGUGACAUCAGCCGGGUGGAGGAGCUCCUGAUCAAGGGUCAGCGGCCGGAUGCGGAGCUGCUGAGAGGGCGGCACCAUGUGGGCCAUGGCAAUGCCGGCAAUGCGGGCAAUGCUGGCAUGAACCGCAUGAAGCCUCUGCACCUCGCCUCUGAGGAUGGGAACGCGCACCUUGUGAGGCUUCUAAUCCAGGCACGCGCCGAAAUCAAUGGAGGCAAGUGCGACAAAACUCCGCUUCAACUGGCAUGUGAAAAUGGCCAAUCUACAGUGCUAACGGUUCUCGUUGAAGCCGGUGCGGACAUCAAUGCAACGAACAGAUGUGGGAAAACCCCUCUUCAGCUGGCAUGUGCAGGUGGGCACAUCAAAUGCGUUUACAACUUGCUCUUGGCAGCUGCAGAUGUUAAUCAAACUGCCAGUAGUGGUAGAACCCCUUUGCAGCUGGCUUGCGAGCACUGCCAUUUGGACGUCAUUAAGCUUCUGACCCGAGCCGGGGCUGACAUACACAAGAAAGGCAUCCAUGGCGGGACACCACUACAGAUUUCCUGCGAACGAGGGUAUUUAGAUGCAGUGCGCCUUCUCAUUCAAAAUGGCGCCGAUAUCAACUCAACGAGCAGAUAUAGCCGGACGGCCCUGCAACUGGCAUGCGAGCAGGGCCAUCUGGAGGUGGUGGCUCAUCUGAUCGAUCAGCGAGCGGAUGUCACCAGCCAGCGCAACUACGGGCGGACCCCUCUUCAGCUUGCCGCUGAGCAAGGCCACGCCGAUGUCGUGAAGGCUUUGGUGGCUGCACGAGCAGACACACAGGUCGCGGGUGCAUACGGCCGUACGCCCUGGACGCUUGCUUGUGAAGCCGGUCACUUCCAGGUGGUCCGGGUGCUGGUCCAGGAGUUUGGCGCCAGCUUCGCAGCUGGUUGGCUUUCUGCAAACUUGGGACAGUUGGCCUGGCUUCUCCAUCUCCUCCGCGCGGCUGCAGACUUGGCCGCGAGGCCUCGAAGAUGA